UUGAUCAAUAGCCUACGGUACUGUGUGAUAUCGUUGGACCUGCGAUGGGCUACAACGUAGGGGGAUAUGGAAUGGCUCGCUUGGGAAUCUUUAUCGUGUUGAUGGGGUUGUGGAGGUUUAGCUCUGCUUGCCCUGCAUCCUGCACUUGCAGCAUCUCAAGGCUUGUUUGUAUCGAUCCUGACCCAGGGAUCGAGGAUUUCCCUACCCUUACGUUAGAUGACAUGGAAAUGGACAUCAACAUCACCGAUAUAUACAUUGCAAAUCAAAAUCGACUAUUUGACAUUAAUGAUAACAGCUUGAAGUACUACUCGAAUCUCAGAAAUCUAACUGUGACAAAUACGGGACUGACUUCUAUCUCAUCAGAAGCCUUUUUGAACAAUACAAGACUUCAAUAUCUGAAUCUGAGAGACAAUAACUUGUCAACACUGUCCUGGAGGACAUUCAUAAACUUAAACAUGACAUCUUUUCCUCUCCUGUCUGGUAACCCUCUGGAGUGUGUAUGUGAGAACAUGUGGAUCAAACUGAGGCUGCAAGAGGACAUUGACAGUACAGAGAGUCAACAGCUGAAAUGCAUAGACAACCUUGGAGUGAGGAGGGCCAUCUUCAGAUUAAUUCUCCCUGAUUGUGAGGCUCCCACAGUGGAGGUCAGUCCCUCUAUCGUCACAAAGACGGAGGGAAGUGAUGUCACAGCAGUGUGCAGUGCAACAGGGUCUCCUGCCCCUGAGAUCUCGUGGAAUUUGGACACCAUCUUCACCAGCUAUGAGGUCAAUGUCUUGGAGCUGGAAAGCAAUCUGACACUGUCAGGUCUCUCGCCUUCGGACAACGGCAGAGUGAUCACUUGCAAUGUGGAGAACGUAGUCGGCCAAACCGAGGCUUACCUCCAACUCAACAUCCUCUUUUGCCCCACUAUCCUGGAGCUGCUGGAGCCAUUGAGACUCCACCACUGGUGUAUCCCUUUCAGUGUGACUGGGAACCCCAAGCCCGAGCUGCAGUGGUACCACCAGGACCAGGAGCUCCACGAACAAGAGUAUAUCAAGACUGAGAUCCACAAGAGCCUUGGAAGCGUUCACCACGGCUGCCUGCAGCUUGCCAACCCGACUCACAUCCACAACGGGCAGUAUACGCUGGUGGCCAGGAACGAGUUCGGGGAGGACCAGAAAGUAAUUGACGCCCACUUCCUGCUCCCGCCAGACGAGGGCGACUAUCCCUCAGAACAGCCAUAUUACCCUUACACCACUGACUCACCACUACCCCCAAUAGACGACAGUGUUGCAGUGUACGUAGUGGUGGGAAUCGCUGGUGUGGCAUUAAUUGUAUGUGUUCUGAUGGUGAUCAUUCUGAAAUACGGAAGAAACUCUAAGUUUGGGAUGAAGGGCUCCUCCUCUUCGGUCAUCAGUAAUGAUGAUGACUCUGCCAGUCCUCUUCAUCACGUCUCAAACGGCAACAACACCCCGUCGUCCUCGGAGAUGAGCCACGAUGCGGUGAUCAUUGGAAUGACAAAGAUCCCUGUCAUCGAGAACCCGCAGUAUUUCCGCCAAUCUGGCAGCAUGCUGAAAUCGGACACAUUUGUCCAGCACAUCAAGAGACACAACAUUGUGUUGAAGCGUGAGCUGGGAGAGGGGGCAUUUGGGAAGGUGUUUCUGGCUGAGUGCUACAACCUGACUCCAGAUCAGGACAAGAUCCUGGUGGCUGUCAAGACGUUGAAAGAGGCCAGUGAGAGCGGCCGUGCUGACUUCCACCGGGAGGCGGAGCUGCUGACCAACCUGCAGCACGAGCACAUCGUCACCUUCUACGGCGUGUGUGUGGACAGCGACCCGCUCAUCAUGGUGUUCGAGUACAUGAAGCACGGCGACCUCAACAAGUUCCUCAGGUCCCAUGGUCCUGACAUGGUGCUGAUGGCUGAUGGGCAGCACAGCCUGAUGGUGGAGCUGACCCAGUCCCAGAUGCUGCACAUCGCCCAGCAGAUUGCUGCAGGCAUGGUCUACCUGGCCUCCCAGCACUUUGUCCACAGAGACCUGGCCACACGCAACUGUCUAGUGGGAGAGAACCUGCUGGUCAAGAUUGGGGACUUUGGAAUGUCCAGGGAUGUGUACAGUACCGACUACUACAGAGUGGGGGGUCACACCAUGCUGCCCAUCCGGUGGAUGCCUCCUGAGAGCAUCAUGUACCGGCGGUUCACCACGGAGAGCGACGUCUGGAGUCUGGGCGUGGUCCUCUGGGAGAUCUUCACCUAUGGGAAGCAGCCCUGGUACCAGCUCUCCAACAAUGAGGUGAUUGAGUGCAUCACCCAGGGGCGCGUGCUGCAGCGGCCGCGUUCUUGUCCAAAGGAGGUGUACGACCUGAUGCUGGGCUGCUGGCAGAGAGAACCCUACAUGAGACUGAACAUCAAAGAGAUCCACAGCCUGCUCCAGAAUCUGUCCAAGGCCUCGCCUGUCUACCUGGAUAUUCUGGGCUGAGUGAGUCUGAUCGGCUGUGUUUGCGUAUGGGAGGGAAUGGAGUGGAGUUGUAUGCGUACGAGCAAGCAUACUGUUUGUAUGGGUGCGAAUAAGGGUGGAGUUUGUGUGUGUGAGCAUACUGUGUGUGUGUGUGUAUGGGUAGG